AUGGAGAGCCGUCGGGACAGGAAGAUCUCACGCUCAAUCGUCUUCGCCGUCCAACAAGACGACAAGUCCGAGCAGCGGCUCAGACUAUGGCGCCCUCUCAAGACCUUCUUCGCCCUGUACGGUCUGCUCUUGGUCAGACUUCGUCCCGAGUUGUUCAAGAGACUACGGAACAAGACAUGGAACCUGUCAGACGACGAGUACAAGGCUAGCUUCAGCGACAAGGACUCACUCGUCCCAAAGGGCGAUAUGGGCUAUUCGGGCUCGACAUUCUUCAACACGAAGGACAACAGAUUCCUCAUCAAGUCCAUCCCUCGGCGGUUCGAGCACACCUUCUUCCGAGACGACCUGCUGGAGCCCUAUGUAUCGCACAUGGAAUCCCACCCCAGGUCACUCCUUGUCCGCAUCACCGACUUUCUCGGGUGGCGCUAUCCGAGCAUCGGCGGCCUCUUUGGCAUUGCCCCGACUUACCACCUCGUGAUGGAGAACCUGUUGCACGGCCAGGAGGAAGAUUCCGCCUGGCAGACCUUCGACCUGAAGCCCAUGUCGUAUUUCUUCCCGGAGCGCGACAUCGCCGGCGGCAAGCUCGCCUCCGAGGCCACAAAGUCCAAACUGGCCGACGACUUCGACGACAAGAUGGUCCUCAGCCGCGAGCAGGCCGACGAAUUCUUCCACCUCCUCGAAGAGGACACGCAACUCCUCGCGCAGCACAAUGCCGUCGACUACAGCCUGAUGCUGGUGCGGAUCCCGAAGCCUUCUCCCUCUGCCGCAAGCGAGAGCCAGAAGAACCCCUUCGACGACCCACCGACCUGGCGGACCGGUGUGCCCAGCCAGGACGACAAGUGGCUGUUCCGCGCCGUGAUCCUGGAUUUCUUCUGGGCCAAGCACAAGGUCCGCGCGAUGACCAUGACGAUGCUCAUUAAUGCAUGGCGCAUGAUUGAUGAUAAAGGCCCGAUGAGCAUCACCACCGCGGCCCCUGAGUACAGGGCCAGGUUCUUGGAAAUGUGCAGGGAGAUUGUCAAGGUGCAGGAGGAGAGGCAGGAGCGGGAGGAGGAGUAG